AUGCGCCGUGGAGCAGGGUGCCCUCGUGACCCAGGUGUCUGCGUCUCACUGCCCCGCCAGGUCUUCGUGUUCGACGUGGGGAAGAAGGCCUGGGAAUCCUACGAGUGGUCCAAGGUGACGACCGUGGCCGCCUUCGGGCGCUACGACGCGGAGCUCGUGUGCCACGCGCACGCCAGCGGCGCCCGCGUCGUGCUCAAAGGUGAUGUAUCUCUCACGGAAAUGGUUGAUCCCGCUAAACGAGCAGCCUGGAUAUCCCAACAAGUGGAUCUCGCCAAGAAACAGUAUAUGGACGGAAUUAAUAUAGACAUAGAGCAGGAAGUUAAUGAAACCUCCCCUGAGUAUUACGCAUUAACGGCGCUUGUUAGAGAAACUACCGAGGCUUUUCACAGAGAAAUUCCAGGAUCGCAGGUAACGUUCGAUGUGGCCUGGUCCCCGGCCUGCAUAGACAGAAGGUGCUACAACUACACUGCCAUUGCGGAUGCCUGUGAUUUCUUAUUUGUGAUGUCGUAUGACGAGCAGAGCCAGAUCUGGAGCGACUGCGUCGCCAAGGCCAACGCUCCUUAUCUCCAGACUCUCAUUGGCUAUGAAGAAUACAUUACUAUGGGCAUUGAUCCCAAGAAGCUUGUGAUGGGUGUUCCCUGGUAUGGCUAUGAUUACAUCUGCCUAAACUUAUCUAAGGAACAUGUUUGUUCCCUUUCCAAAGUCCCUUUCCGCGGGGCUCCGUGCAGCGAUGCUGCAGGGCGCCAGGUUCCCUAUGGAGCAAUAAUGAAGGCGGCCAAUGGCUCCACGUCGGGAAUCCUGUGGGAUGAGCUGCAGAAGUCUCCGUUUUACGAAUACAAGGACUCUCUCGGUCACUUCCACCAGGUGUGGUACGACGACCCCCGCAGCAUCUCCUUAAAAGCAGCCUACGCCAAGAAGCGAGGUUUGCGGGGCAUUGGCAUGUGGAAUGGGAAUAGUCUCGACUACUCGAAGGAAUCUGCUGCAGAGCAGCAAACUGAAGCCAUGUGGAAAGCCUUGACACCAUAAGAACUAUAGGAAAUUGUGAACCGCUUGAUUGGGAAUGAGGGAAAUGGGUAUUUUUGUCAUUUAAUGUAAUGGAUUUUGACUUUCUAUAAAUACGAGAGCAGCCAAAGCUGUGAGAACUAACCAAAGUCAUUGUUGUUUUGCAUGGAAAGCAGUAUUUGGGUACUUGCCCUCRUUUUGGUGCUGCUUUUGAAGAACUGCUUCUCUCUCAUUUUUCACACCUUCUGUAAAUUCAGGGAGCACCUGACCCCAGUGAAUAUGUGGUAGUAAGUGGAUGUAGUGUGAAUUUACAGCAGGGCUGGACGUCGUUGCUCUGGGGUGCCAGGGUGCAGAGGAACCGGGGCCGGGGCCUUCUGCCUCCCACCCCUGGCUGGAUUUUAGCUGCAAGGGCAGAGUCUGGGAGAAAGAGGCGGCUGCCUACGUGUACCUGGGGAAACUWGGGCUUGAACCUGAGUCCUGUUCUAGAAACAGACCGAUUAAAUUAUGUAACACUAAUAAUUCCCAUUAAGAUUUUUAGCAGACUCUUUUUUUUYCAGUAGAGAAUAUGCAGUAAACUCCUGGUUCACUGUGUGAGAGUCUGUAUCACUGCAUCAUAUGUGAACUUCUCAGUUUGAAAUUCCAAAAAUCUAGGAAUCUCUCU